AGAGGAAGAGAGAGAAGGAAACUACUGGUUUCUUUCUUUCUUUCUUUCUUUCGAAAAGAAAAACAGCUUUCAAAAAGCCCGAGAGAGGAAAAGUCAUUUUGUAUUUUCUGCGUCGAAGAGAAAGAGAACUGAAGCCACUGGAGAGGAAGAAGACUCAGUCGAAUCUUGUACGGACAUUUCAUCUUCGGCCCUCUUAAUAGAUCUGUGGCCUUCACUUCACAGAUUUUCUAUUUCUUUUCCUUUUUCUUUCUUUCUAUACAUUUUUCCUUUCACCACUCUCAAUGCGGUGAAAAGCAAAGUUAAACAGCUUUCUGUUUUCAAAAAUUUAUUCAAAAGAUGGAGCUUUAGUUCAAAAUUCUUGCUAAUGGAUUCUGAAACGGCGUCUUCGGUGGAUGAACAAGUAGGUGCUGCUGGUGCUUCUGUUGGAGCUGGAGCUGAUACCAGAGGUAGGCAUCGUAUUCUUGCUGAAGUUAAGCGCGUUGAGCAAGAAAUCAAGUGUUUGGAGGAAGAGUUGGAGGAACUUGAGAAAACAGACAAUGUAUCAACAAUUUGUGAAGAAUUGCUUCGGAAUGUUCAGAUCUCACCCGAUCCUUUGCUCUCAGAAACAAUUGGUCCUGUAAACCCAUUAUGGGAUCGAUGGUUCGAAGGGCCUCAGGAAUCUCAAGGAUGCAGAUGCUGGAUACUCUGAUUUGAAGCAAUCUAACAUUUGUUAUCAUUUUCAGCCGGAGGCUUCAGCAUAUGUUACAUAACAGGCUAGCGAACAUUUUACAGUACAAUUGUUAUCUCAGCAAAUGGUCAAUUAAUUUUUCAAUUGUGUGCAAAAAAGUUUAGGUUACUCAUUAUAAUUAAUGUAAAAUGUCUUUAUCAGUUCAGAUGAAAUUUGUAAAUCAAGUUUGUCACCUCCUCUACUGAACCAUUACACGAAUUUUUCUUCUCACAGCUUACAGAAAAGAAAAACAAUUGUCUGAUACUUGGUUUCAUAGAAAGCAUUCUUGAGUCUUGAGUGUGCA